AUGGUUGAAUCAAACGAGCUCUGCGACUACUGCGCGAAAGUCCCUCUUGAUAAGGAUGCUCUCACAGAAACACACGUUGAAAAGUUCAACCUCGGACCUUGGUCCCGCGUCUUCGCCAGCCCCUGCCCCCUCUGUCGUCUCGUCAAGGACGCCUGCACCGAAGACUAUCGAACAAAUCCAUCGCGGAAAGGCCUCCCAAGCGAGGAAGCCAUCCUGGUCUGGAGCUACCAUGAGGCCCUCGAACAUCGAGCCGCCUUUGCCAUCGAAGAAUGGCCGGAGCAGCAUAUUUGCUUCGCUGCUCCCGCCGACGGCAAUAGCAGCGGCUCAGAUGAAGGCUUCGACUACCUCCUCCCCUCUGUGAACUCUGAGCUAGACUUUUUUCGAGUCUCGAGAUGGAUAUCGGCAUGCACAACCACACACGGCAACGACUGCGCUCUGAGCGAGGAGACAUUCCCCACGGCUUUCCCGGGGCUUCGUGUCCUCCGCCUCAUCGACGUCAGAAGAGGCUGCCUGGUCGAGGUUCAAGAGUACCGUCCCUAUAUUGCACUCAGCUACGUUUGGGGAGCCGUGUCCAAUUUUAGGCUGACAAAGUCAAACUUGGCCCCAUUGUUGGUCCCUGGGACUAUCGGGGAAGUUUUUUCGACACUACCAAAGACAAUAUGUGACGCCAUUACGCUUUGUAUCAGACUCGGAGUGCAGUAUCUAUGGGUUGAUACCCUUUGUCUACUCCAGAAUGAUGAGGACGACCUUGAGCGGGGCAUCAACGUCAUGGAUCAGAUCUAUGAGCGCUCCUGGCUGACGGUCGUCGCUGCUUGCGGAUCAGAUGCCAACGCUGGGCUUCCUGGCGUUCAGAUCGGUAGUCGGCCCUCUGUGAAGCUUGCCGUCGAGGUAAAGCCCGGCGUACGACUGGGUCUUUACACUGGUUUGGACCAGCUGCUAAAGAACUCAGUAUACAACUCAAGAGGUUGGACGUUUCAGGAACACGUGCUGUCCCGCCGGGCUCUCUACUUUGUCGACAACAAGGUCUUCUUUCGUUGUAGGAGCGCCGAGUUCUCAGAGUCUUGCAUCGACCGGACCCGCGUGAUAAAACCAUGGUACGACAACUCAUCACUGCUUACCAUGGCUGUGCACCUAGACGAUCCUCUGGAUGACUACUCCAGCAUGCUCAUGUAUUAUACCGCUCGCGUCCUGGCGGAUCAAAACGACGUCCUACGCGCCAUGGCAGGAAUUAUCCGCCGCAUCUCGGACAAGACAAAUUUGGACUUCUUCCAAGGACUGCCGACAGGUGCAUUGGAUUGCUUCGUCAUCUUUAGGUGCCACGGCUGUAUUCUGCGUCGACGCAAGGGCUUCCCCAGCUAUUCUUGGUGCGGAUGGCGAGGGAGGAUCGGUAUCAACAUGCCUUUCAAGGUGAAUGAAUGGCUCAUCGAGACAUGGAUUGUUUGGUAUAAGCGAAGCAAGUCAGGUUUUACGAGCCUCAUGUGGGAUCCCGAGUCAAUCCCAGCUGAUGACGAAUCACGCAUUGGAUAUCGCCCCAGAGCUGGGUUCCAGUCUCCAGUCGACUUGGACUUUCCAACAACAUGCACUGCACCGACAGAGAUGCCACAGCUCCCAAGCUCAAUGCCUUCAUAUCCCGUUUUGCAGUUUUGGACGUUGGCUGUGUACCUUAAGCUCCGGAAUGUCAACGUCUUUACAGGGAUUUGCCGGCUCGAGGGGGAGUCCGGAGUCGAUUGUGGGGAAAUGUCCCUCGAUGGGUUUGAAGAAACGGACUUCUUCUCUUCCCAGGAACUUUUUGAAAUCAUAAUUCUCUCGCCGAAAUACAUAGGAUGGUCGGAUCCAUCUGAACCACGGUACAACGCAAUGCUGGUUUCUCGGCAGGAAGGUCUUUCAGAACGGCGGGGGAGGGGGUACAUACGGCAAUCAAUGAUUAAAGAAUCGUUCUCGCCGGGCCCUGUCUGGAAGGAGAUUGUUCUGGCCUAG